UGGCGUUUAGCCUGCAUUCAACUGAUAUAUCGCAAUGUCAUUGAUUCAGUGUCUUCUAGCUGCCAUUCUGGUGUUCCAGGCAUGUCUAGCCACCCCCUUCGGUCUAAAACCCAGAAUUACCGACGGUGAAGAUGCCACACCGGGUGAAUUUCCUUAUCAAGUGUCUAUUCAUUGGGGUAUCGUCACAUCUAAACAUGCUUGCGGUGGUUCAAUUUUGAAUGAGCGUUAUAUUUUGACCGCCGGACACUGUGUUUUGAAGGUCGGCAAGCUUAAGGUUUUCGCUGGCAAGCAUUAUCUUUCUAAGAAUGAAAACACUCAACAAGAAGUUGAAGUCGAAAAGACCAUCGUCCAUCCAAAAUAUCCGGGAGGUGUUGCUCCAUAUGACAUCGCUCUUCUGAAAUUGAAAACUCCUCUUACCUUUAAUGAGAGAGUGUCUCCUGUCAUUCUACCUCGACAGGACGAGGUACGAACUGGAAUUGCUGUGCUCUCUGGAUGGGGCUCUACCUCGAAAAGCUUACUCCCAAAACUUCCUGAUGUUCUUCAAAAGGUUUCUCUCCCAUUGCUAGACUAUCAAUCUUGUCUGAAAAAAUUCCCGGAUAACUCCAUUGGCAAACGUCCAGAACUCUAUGAUACACAAAUCUGCACUGAUGUUGUUGAAGAGAUAUCUGCUUGCUCUGGUGACUCUGGUGGUCCAUUAGUUCAAUUCGAUGACAACAAUCCUGUCCAACUCGGUAUCGUUUCAUGGGGCAUCUUACCGUGUGGUGUUAACCACGCUCCUUCCGUCUACACCCGCGUAGCUUCCUACGUUGACUGGAUUAACGAUAUCAUUAAGAUAUUGAACGAAAUGAGCAUAAAAUGCAGCCAAUUCGCUAGACUGGCAUCAAUCGACAAGAUGUCUUCCAAAGCAAUCGUGUUCUUUGCUCUCCUAACGGUGGCUUUCGCUGGUCCUACAGGAAUUCAAAAACCACAUCUCGGUUUUCGAUUGCCACAGUUCUCACAGUUCUCGCCACAAGUAGUCGGAGGCGAUGAGGCUCCAGCAAAUGAAUAUCCAUUCAUUGCCUCUCUUCAGGCAUACGGUAGUCAGCACUAUUGCGCCGGAAUAAUUUUACACGAGAACUGGAUCAUGACUGCAGCGCACUGCAUCGACGCAAAUUAUCCCACUACUUGUAAAGUUGGAAAGCACAACAUUCAAAAAUCUGAGGAUACCGAACAAGCAGUUGAAAUUGAAAAAACUUUUAUGCAUGAACAAUAUGGAGGUGGUGUUGGCCCAUAUGAUAUUGGUUUGAUCAAACUUAAGACUCCAUUGAAGUUCACAAAUGAAGUACAACCUAUCAAAUUGCCAAAACCUGAAAGCGAUCCGGUUGGAGAUGCAAUACUUGCCGGAUGGGGCUAUAUCACGGGAGGCUCGAUGCCAGAUAAACUUCAACAUGUUAAUUUGAAAUACGUCGAUCGCGCUACUUGCCAUAAAGCUGUCGAGGAUCUGACAGGAUCUUCUCCCGUUCAUGAGACUAAUGUCUGUACUGGACCAAUGAGCGGUGGAAUCUCUGCAUGCAAUGGUGAUUCUGGUGGUCCACUAUUCGAGAAACAGGGCGAUAACUACGUGAUUACUGGAAUAGUGUCUUGGGGCAUUAUUCCGUGUGGUACUGUCGGCGCGCCAUCCGUGUACACUAGAGUAUCAUCCUUUAAUGACUGGAUUGAAAGUAUAACGAAUAAUGGUGACUCUGGUGGUCCAUUAGUUCAAUUCGAUGACAACAAUCCUGUCCAACUCGGUAUCGUUUCAUGGGGCAUCUUUCCGUGUGAUGUCAACUACGCUCCUUCCGUCUACAUCCGCGUAGUUUCCUACUUUGACUGGAUUAACGAUAUCAUUAAACUUUGA